CGCUGCAGCUCCAAAGCGAACCAGUGAGCCUCUGCAGGUAAAAGUACCAUCUUGUGCAAGGGCGCAUAUCGUUGGGCCGCAAAGCAUCAGCCGUCACCCCGUCGCAUAUCAUCAACCGCCACAGCGAAGCCAAAAGGACAGCCCAAGAGAGCCGUCCGAGUGAGGGAGAAGGAAGGACAGACACGCAACGACGCAGAAGAGGGACUCUUUGUCUGAGACCAUCGGGAGGCACUGCACUGCAGCUGGAAGGCACCAGGCGAUCAGUCAACCAACUCAAAUCAAAUCAAAUCACAUCAACUGCAACCAUGGAGAACGAAGUACAGGACCAGGCCGAACGCAAGGCAUCCCGAAAAUCCGUUGCCUUCACCGACGAACAGCUCGUGGUCGAAACCGACGGCUCAAUAACCAUCAUGAGCGCCGCCGAGGAACCCAAGGAGACGGCCCAGUCACACACGCCUCGUACGCCGCCUCUGUCUGCCGCUCUCGAAGCCUUUGCUGUUGCUGAUCCUUCAUCUCAAGCCGCCGCCGACGAGGCUGCCCCUCCCGAAGAUGGCGGUCUUGACCUGUCUCUGCUGAAGAAGAAGAAGAAGAAGAAGAAGGUCGAGGGCGCCGAGGGUGAUGCCGAGGCCGAGGAUGGAGCCGCCCCCGCCGAGGACGGUGGUCUUGACCUGACCAUGAAGAAGAAGAAGAAGAAGGUCAAGAAGGCCGAGGGUGCUGAAGAGGACGAGUUCACUGCCAAGCUGAAGCAGCUCGAGGUUAAGGACACCGAGGAUGCCGAGGAGACGGCGCCCCAGGAUGCGGGCGACAUGGAGACGGGCACCGGUGUCUGGAGCCACUCAGAGUCCAAGACGAUCCCUUAUACCCUCCUCCUCUCCCGCUUCUUCACCGUCCUCUCACAAAAGAAUCCCGACCACUCGCUCAGCGGCACCAAGAGCUACAAGAUCCCUCCGCCUCAGUGCAUGCGUGAAGGCAACAGGAAAACCGUCUUUGCCAACAUUGCCGAUAUCUGCAAGCGCAUGAAGCGAACCGAGGAGCACGUCACCGCCUACCUAUUCGCCGAAUUGGGUACAAACGGCUCCGUUGACGGAAAUAGGAGAUUGGUCAUCAAGGGUCGAUUCCAGCAGAAGCAGAUUGAGAACGUCGUCAGGAAAUACAUCAUUGAAUACGUUACUUGCAAGACCUGCAAGUCGCCCGAUACUGAGUUGAACAAGGGCGAGAACCGUCUGUACUUCAUCACCUGCAACAACUGCGGUUCACGACGAAGUGUCACAGCCAUCAAGACUGGUUUCUCUGCCCAGAUCGGCAAGAGAAAGAAGAUGCAGGGUUAAGCAAAGCCUGCAUGUACGUAUUCAAAGAUCUAAUAAGAUGCUUUACUUGCAAAGCGAUGUUUCUGCACCGGUAACGCCGCCUUAUUGGAUCACACUCAGACCAUAUCCCAUUUGCAUCACAUGUCCUAAGCAAGGUGUCAAGCACACACGAUUGCGGGAUGGGCAUCAAGUCACGGGGAGAGCAAAGCAGCGAUAUGCCCAAGCUGCGAGGGCAAAGGCGAGGUAGCCGUUUUUAUUUUCUGUCAUGAUGGAGAAAGGGCGUAACGAA